CAUAUUUAUUUGGAUAAAUUUAUUUACUAAGGCACAGCUUUCUCCUUGGCAAGGCAGGCGGCUGCUUGGGGCCUCAUCAAUGACCAGGAUGGGUUAUUUUAUUAUGUCAAAUAAUCCUGUUUGGCCUCUUAAUAUCAAAUAUUACAAUUCAUGUUUGCCCCUGAAUGGCAUUUUGUGAGCCAGCACUCAUAGGUCCUCGCCUAGCAGCGUUUUAAAAUUUCCAACAUAAAUAAAUAAAGAAGUGACUUUUACAUCUUGGCCGUCUGUAAGAAAAGCCCAUUAAAUUAAUCAAGUGAGACAGAUUAUAUCCAUAAAUGAAUACUCAGAAUGUCAAAUAUCUGCAAGCCUAUAUAAGUGCCUUUAAACCUUAACAGUAUCUUAAUUAUAUCUGAGGUAAUUAGAUGAGUAUAUCUUUUGAUUGGAUGAUCACAAACUUUUGAGCAUUACCGUUUCUGUUUCCCCUACUUCAAACUUUUAAUCAAGACUACAUUCAACUCUAUACUCAAACAUCUAAUACACUAGAAUAUUCCUUCAACUGAAAUUAGUAUUCAUAGAUUCAUGGGAUUCUUAGAAGCUUAUCUAUGUUUCACAUAAGUGACAGAUUAGCAACCUCUAAAAUAUGUGUUUUAUUCAUACCCUUAAUGUGAUACAAAUAUGCAUAGAUGACAAACAAAAGCACUUUGUGUGUGUGUUCUUUGGAAUUCAUCAGCUUAAGGGAGGCACGAAUAUAAGAGGAAUGAUUGAGAACACACACACACACACUGUGCACACUCAGAUACAGCCUAGAGUUGACACAGAAAACACACAUCUGUCUAGACUAUAAUCUACUUGAGUAAACAAAGUCUCACACUGAAGAAGUGCUAAAGACUGAAUCCGACAAAACUACCUAAGAACGACCUAAGAACGGUUCACACAGCAUUACCAUGCUGCCCUCCUGCUCGACUAUGAGUACCAGGCAGUCAGUCAUGCUUCUGGUGGUGCUGGUCCUCUCCCUCCCAGGUCUUAUUCAUAGCUUUAAACCACUCUUCAAGUCGAAUUCUCUCACCCACCGUGACAUUACACGAAUAGCAGUACUUCGAAAGACAGCAGAGGUCUGCCGAGAUAUCGCUGCUUCUAAAGGACUGGACUUCAAUCUGAUUAUUGAUAACAAUUUGUCAGCUGGCAAGGUGCAAAAGGCCUGUUUGUCUAGAGAUACAUCCACCAUCAAGUUUGAAACGGCCAUUGCUUCUAUGUACCUCAGCAAUGCAGCAGUGGACCAGAUUUUUUUGCUGAGUGCAGCGCGCCAUUUUGACGAUGAGACCUUCCACAGAGGACGGGAUAUCAUCACUGAAGGUGUUUCUGCGGUGAAGGCCCAUGCUAAGCUAGAAAACUAUUUCAGAGGGAGGUUGUCUCUAGGGCAAAUCUGUCACACCCUGCAGGACUUCUACAGCCACAGUAACUGGGUGGAGCUGGGAAAUAAAGCUCCAUACAGUGCUCUGAUCAGACCUGACCAACCUCUUAAGAACCUGGCAGGACAAAAUACGCCAACUUGCAGAAGUUGUGUAGGAGAGAACUGUACCAACAACAUUCUGCCUGAUGUGCUGAACCAGAGACUUCUGACUUCAGGCUACUUCGGCAUUUUCUUCUCAUCAAAACCCACAGGUAAAUGCAGUCAUGGUGGAUCUGCUGACCGCACAAGCCGAAAGGAUCCAGUAGGAGGGAUCAAUAAGGAUACAAUUGAUUCCAGUCAUGGCUUCCUUCACAAUGAAGCAGCUAAUCUGGCUAUUCAUGCCACCAUGGAGCUUCUGGAGGAUGUCAGAUUAGCUGCUGGAAACACAAACUUCAUGAGACUGAUGGGCCUCUCCCAGUCUCCUGUGUUGUGUUUUGUCAUAGACACAACAGGAAGUAUGAGUGAUGAUAUUGAUGAAGCAAAGAGGGUUUCUUUUGAGAUCAUUGACAGAAAAAGAGGAACAGGACAGGAACCCUCUGGUUAUAUAUUGGUACCUUUCAAUGACCCAGAUUUUGGACCGUUAGUUAUGACAUCUAAUGCAGACGUCUUCAAAGGACAGAUCAACAGUUUGACUGCGGCAGGAGGAGGAGAUGCCCCAGAAAUGGCCUUAUCUGGACUGCAGCUUGCACUGACGGCAGCUCCACCCUUCUCUGAGAUUUUUCUCUUCACUGAUGCUCCAGCUAAAGACACCUAUCUGAAAAACACCAUUAUUGCUCUUAUAGAGAGCACCAAAUCUCAGGUUACUUUCAUGCUCACAGGCAGUGCAGUAUUUCGGCGGCGCCGCAGAACCUCUCAGGAUGUGGCUCCACGCGCAAUGAGUCGAUCUGCUGUCCAGUUAUACCAAGACCUAGCUGAAGCUUCUGGAGGUCAGGCCAUUCAGGUCACCAAGUCAGAACUCUCUCUGGCUACCAGUGUUAUAGUAGACUCAUCAGCCAGCGCUGUGGUGACAGUUUUUCAGGCAUCAAGGAAUCCUGGAAGGCCUGACAAUUUUAAUUUUACUAUUGAUGGCUCAUUACAGAACAUAACAGCUUACAUCACAGGAGACUCACCUCUCACCUUCAGCCUCACCAGCUCCACAGGUGUAUCUCAGACUUCCAGUCAGUCCAGUGGUCCUUUGGCAUCCUUCACCACAACAGGAAACUUGCGUCGUUUAAGCCUCAACACUGAUAAUCAAACAGGCCUAUGGCAACUCAGUGUUAGCUCAAACAACCCUUACUUAGUUAAGGUUACAGGUCAAAGUUCUGUGAACUUCAUUUAUAACCUUGUCGAAGAGCAUGAGGGAGCCCAUGGGGACUUUAGUCUAAAAGAAGGACGUCUUCUCUCAGGUGGUAAUGCCAGCAUAUUGGUCACUGUGACAGGAAGUGAAACAGUAAAGGUCACUGAAGUCACACUUUUGACAGCUCAGGUCCAACAGAGGUCAAAGGAUCAUUGCAGUCAUUAGGAAGCAGCGAUUUCCUGGUGACCUUUAGUGGAAUUCCAGCAGGUGAGUUUGUGCUUGUCUUGAAAGGAGAGGACAGCAACUCCACUUCCAGGUCCACUUCAAGCAGCUUCCAGAGACAAGCAUCCACACAGAUCAAGACCUCCAGCAUCUCUGUCACUGCCCAAGCCAAUAAUACCAACAUCGAGCCGGGCACCACUAUCUCCAUCCCCUUCACAGUCGCUGCAACUACUGAUGGAGUUAUAACUGACUCUGCAACUGAGACAUUUACAGUGCGAGUCAGCAAUGACCGCAGUUACACGUCCUCUUCACCCACCAGUGUUACUACUGUAGCAGGCAGUGGAGGUAAAGCCAAUGGCACCGUGACCCUAACGGCUCCAUCCAGUGCUGCAUCAGGAACAGACGUGACCCUCACCAUUGAGGCAGAAAACGCCGCUGCCACCGACAUCAACUAUGUAGUUCUCAGGUUUUCUGUGACUGCUAAGGUGACAGAUGUUAACCCUCCAGUUUGCCAGGUAGUCAACACAACAACCUGUGAUUCCACUUCAUUGCUUUGUGCUUCCUCCCAGUGGGAGUUCAUCGCCAAUUUCACUGAUGGCAUCAAUGGAACUGGCAUUGAGAGUGUAACCAUCCGCCAAGGGAAUGGUACUCUGAAUAUGAGCACAGUAGUUGAAGCAGGGGGUGAGAAUAUUACCCUGGUUACCUACACUGCCUCCUGCUGCUCACCGAUUGUAGAGCUGACUGCUGUAGAUAGUGUAGGAAAUGUGGGGACAUGUAUGGGACAGGCUAGAGUGCUUACCACACCUCCUCCUACGACACCUACCCCUUCAACUACAACUACCCCAGCAACUACAUCUGCAGUUCAAACAACAUCCACCGGAGGGUACACUUUGAACACAUCAACCAUUCUUUGGCUUAAUGUUGUGUUCUCUGUACUUUGGAAGUGAAAGAGAACAAAUGCCAAUUGCCCUGAAUUUGUGAAUCUGUGACAUAUGACUCAAUUGGCCUCUCCUUGACUGCUGAGCUGAACUUGCUAUGAAGCAAAAUACUGAUAAAAAAAAAAUAUUUAUAUAUACUAAGACUUACUGUAUUUUACAAUACUUCAUUAGGAAUAUAAUGUCUGUAAUUUUAAAAUUAUGCAAUGUUCCACACAAAAUUACAAUAAUUUGCAGUUUUUAUGUUGCAGUGUUGUGAUUUAUAUGCAACAACCUUUCUCUUGCUGCCUAAUUUUGCUGUCCAAGCAACUGUACAAUGAGAAUAAAAGUUCUAAGUUCUACAAAUAAACACUAUCAAUCAGGCAUUUGGUAUAACUUCUACAUUCCAUUCUUUUCCAUGAAAACACAUAAGAAAUUACGAUGAAUAGGAAAUGUAAUGAACAGGGCAUGCUGACUCAGAGUUAGUAGUAGUUGACAAUGAUUUAAAUCCAAAUAAUGAAUGUGUUCACCAAAUUUUGCCUUGAUAAAAAAAAGCGUUUUCCAGUGAUUACAGCCUGGCAAACCUUUUUAAGGUAAUUUGAUGAGAUUUCACUCUAUGCUUCCUGGAGCAUCUCCCAGAAGCUGGAUUGGCUUGAUGAGUCUUUCCCCAUACAAUAUGAUCAAGCUGUUUCCAAAACAGCUCAACAGGCACAACUAUAAAAGGAAAGAAAGAGGGCACCAAUACAACAUAGACUCAGACACAGGCCUAGAGUUUCAACAGAAAACAAAGAUUUGUAUUCAAUAUCAUCAACCUGAGAGUAAACCUCCAACAAGGUCGACACUGAAGAAGUGUUGACCAUGAAAUGCCACUGACCUUGAUAAAUUAUUUUAGUGGUAAAAUAACCCUGCUCCUCCUGUUAAAAUCAAAUAUUAUCACAGCAGCAUAAUCAGUUACAACAGAGGGGAAGCUCUCUGUGUACAUGAAUGAAUACUCCUUUUGUGAGCUUGCAAGUCUUUUGUUAAUAAAAGUGUUCCAUGUUUAUUUAAUGACUCUUAUUGAAGUUUCUUUCACCAUUUUAAAAAUGAAAUGUUUUUUAGCCUUUAUAUUACCUUCAAUAAACAUGAUAGGGGGAAGAUAA